UUCCAUAUUCUGACACCAUAUACCAACCCUUAUCUCCUUGGUAACUCCUCUAGCUAGCACAAUGCUGAAAUCAGGCAUGAGAAUGAGUGGUAGUAAGCAGGUGAAAAAAGGUGCAAAAGCGAGUUCCAGAAAGGGGUGUAUGAGAGGCAAAGGAGGCCCUGAGAAUGCGAGUUGCACCUUCAAAGGUGUGAGGCAGAGAACUUGGGGCAAAUGGGUGGCUGAGAUCCGUGAGCCUAACCGUGGUGCACGCCUCUGGCUAGGCACAUUUGAGACCUCUGUAGAGGCUGCCAUGGCUUAUGAUUGUGCAGCACGUAAGCUCUACGGACCUGAUGCAAUACUCAACCUCCCACACCUUCCUAUCAUGCCCUUCAAUUUCCAGUUUCCACCACCAUACCCUCAGAUUCCCCCUCCCUGUGAUGUUUUCAAUCUCCCCUCCUUUGAUUUCACCAACAACCUCACCGAUCACACCAACAUCAUCUUCAACCCUGUGCUCUCCAUGCCUCCUCAGCCUCCUCAGCCUCCUCAGCAUGCAAUUGCUGAUUCUGCACCUGUGUACACCAGCGAUUCUCAUGUUGCAAUUCCCCAUGAAACCACCACCACCACCAUGUCCAUGGAGAUGAACGGGGACAGGGUUGAUUCUUUUGGGGGGUCAUUCGAUGACAUUCCUGAGCCUAUGUUCGAUGAUUCCAUCUGGGCUGAAGCUGCUAUGUCUCUCGAUUUGCCUCUGAUACCAGAUGGUGCAGGGAUUUAUGAAGCUAAAACCUUUCUUGAAGUGGGUCCUUGGGACUCUCUGCAAACUCCCUGGUGCAUGUAAUCGUCCUCAAAAGGAACUAACUCCUCGGCCCUCAUCAUACAGAAGUAGUAGUAGGUUAAUAAAAAGGUCUUCUCAGACGGUGAAUACCUUACAUCACCAGAAGUUAUAGUGUUAUGUGAAUAUAUAUAAUAUAUAAAUAUGUAAGUGAUGUAUCAAUUCUGUUAGGGGGUGGAGUACAUAGAAUUAAGGUUAUAUAUAUGAGUGGUGUCUGUCUUAUAUUUGAAGUAUGUCUUAAGGCUGCUGUUAGCAUGACAGGGAUAUCUGUAUUAUUUUAUCAGCAGCAUAUUGUAUAAGAAUUUUAUUAUAUAUAUCAUUGGUAUAAUGUUAUAA